UGACCGCUCCAGUCUUCCCAUAGUGUUUAGGCUAGAAAAUGAGUGUUUUCAACUGGACUAGAGACCCAUAUUACGACGCUCGAAUAAAAGAUGCUUCUGGCAUUCCGCACACUUUGGGCUGGAACCUGGGGCCGGAAGAUCUGUCCCAUAUCCCUGACCAUUGGCUGAUUUAUCCGGAGCCCGACAAGAGCUUGCAUAUGCUGUUAGGAAUGAUCUACGUGUUCUUUUUCGUGGCUUCAAUGAUCGGCAAUGGGUUGGUGUUGUGGAUUUUUACCACGGCAAAGUCCUUAAGAACUGCCUCCAACAUGUUCGUGGUAAAUUUGGCCUUUUGCGACUUUAUGAUGAUGCUGAAAGCGCCGAUUUUCCUUUACAAUUCCUUCCACUUCGGGUUCGCCACAGGCCACACGGGGUGCCAAGUCUUUGCCGGCAUGGGCACCCUUUCAGGAAUAGGGGCUGGAAUGACGAACGCUGCUAUUGCAUACGACCGGUACAGCACCAUAACGAAGCCAUUCGAUGGCAAAAUUACACGAACCAAGGCCAUGCUAAUUGUUCUUCUCAUUUGGUUCUACACUGUCCCAUGGGUGGUGAUGCCCAUUCUGGAGAUCUGGGGAAGAUAUGUGCCCGAGGGAUUUCUUACUGCCUGCUCUUUUGACUACCUUACCAGAACAUUCGACAAUCGCCUGUUUAUCGGGGCGAUUUUCACUUUUUCCUAUGUGAUUCCCAUGCUGAUGAUCAUCUACUUCUACAGCCAGAUCGUCAGCAAGGUCUUCAGUCAUGAGAAGGCCUUAAGGGAACAGGCGAAAAAAAUGAACGUGGAAUCCCUAAGAGCCAACCAACAACACAACUCCGAAUCUGCAGAAUUGCGAAUAGCCAAGGCCGCAAUCACCGUCUGCUUCCUAUUCGUUGUUUCCUGGACUCCCUACGCGGUGCUCGCUCUAAUUGGGGCCUUCGGCGACCAAUCUUUGCUUACCCCCGCAGUCUCAAUGAUUCCGGCCUUGAAUUGCAAAUUGGUGGCCUGCAUCGACCCCUACAUCUACGCUAUCAGUCACCCGAAGUUCCGGAUCGAACUUCAAAAGCGACUGCCGUGGUUGGCCAUUCACGAGAAGGAUGGCGCUGAGACACAGUCGGUGGCCACUGAGCAACAAGCCGCCGCAUAAAUCAACCUUAAGGAUUUUUUGAAAAUGUAGAAAAUUCCGGGAGCAAACUUCAGUAGAAUAAUGUCCAAUAUUGGAUGGAUGGGAAAGCAAGUAAAAUCUUUUUUGAGGCAAACGCUCAUCAAUCCUCAAGAUGAAUUGUACCUACCUAUAAAGGGUUAUUCUCGCUAUACGGCACGGACGUUUGCGGCUAGCCCGUUUGUUUUUUGCAAAGUAUUAUUUGAUGAAUC